UUGGUGGUGGUGGAGGAGUUGGAGACGGCGACGGCAGUGGCACACCCGCCGAGACGAUGAGGAAGACGGCGGCAGAAAAGCGUACUACUCCGAUUUGACCAUUAAAAAAACUGAUGAAGCGCGCUCCAGAGUCCAGACGAACCACGGCCCCAGAAAAAAAAGAGGCGCCUUUCCUUUUCCUUUCUCUCUUUCUUCCACCCACCCGGAUCCUGCGCGCGCGCCGCCAGGCCCGCCGCGAUGGCCGCACUCCGCCUCCCCGCCCAGCCGGCGGCGAGGUUGUCCCACCUUCCAACCCCAGUGUCCGCCUCCGCCGCCGCGCGUCGGGUCUCGCCCCCUCGCCAUCUCGUGGUGCGGCGGGCCAAGGGGGAGGACACGCCGGAGCCGCCGGUGAGGACGCUGCUGAUCGACAACUACGACAGCUACACCUACAACAUCUUCCAGGAGCUGUCGGUCGUCAACGGCGUGCCGCCGGUGGUCGUGCGCAACGACGAGUGGACGUGGAGGGACGUCUUCAACCGGGUGUACAAGGACCGGGCCUUCGACAACAUCGUCAUCUCGCCUGGCCCUGGAUCUCCGGCUUGCCCCGCCGACAUAGGUGUAUGUCUACGCAUACUUUUGGAGUGUGGAGAUGUACCCAUAUUGGGUGUCUGCCUUGGACAUCAGGCCCUGGGAUUUGUACAUGGUGCUAAGAUUGUUCAUGCUCCAGAAGCUAUACACGGGCGACUCAGUGAAAUUGAGCAUGAUGGAUCCUACCUCUUUAAUUGUGUCCCGUCAGGUAGAAAUUCUGGCUUCAAGGUAGUGAGGUAUCAUUCACUUGUAAUAGAAUCUGGUUCUCUGCCUGAUGAUCUUUCAUCUAUAGCGUGGACUGCUUCUCGAAAUUUGCUUUCUUACCUUGAAAGUGAUCGAAGCAAUGUUGGUACCUUCUUGGGAUCAUUGGACAACAACUUCAUCACAAACCCUCUAGAGUACAAUAACAAUAGUGGGGAACUAUCCAAUAUAGGACAUGCUAGUGAGUCAGAUGAUGGCAGAGUUAUCAUGGGCAUCAGGCACUCUAGCAGGCCUCAUUUUGGAGUGCAGUUUCACCCAGAGAGCGUUGCUACUCAUCAUGGAAGACAGAUUUUCCGAAACUUUAAGAAGAUGACAGGAGAUUUUGGAUUGUGCUCGUCAUGGCUCCAGGAAAGAAAGGUUCACAGUAUUGUAGAGACUCCUGUUGUUCUGCAGGUCAAUUCUGCAAGACAUCGUGAUUCUAUCCCUAAGGACUUGUUGCGUACUAAAAGAAUGGAGCUUUCAGAGCCUGUUGGGUCUUGUGUACUUGGAAAGAGAGGCACUGGGAAAAAGUGUUUACGAUUACGAUGGAAGAAGAUUGAAAAUUUCCUCUGUCCCACAGUUGGCUCUGAAGACAUAUUUGCGGUGCUUUUUGGCCAUCAAAGUGGUGAAGACACGUUUUGGUUGGAUAGCUCAUCAGUCGACCAGAAUAGAGCACGUUUUUCAUUCAUGGGUGGCAAAGGUGGGUCCCUGUGGAAGCAAAUGACAUUCCACUUAUCUGGUCAAAGAGCCAAUUGUGGAGGAACGCUUAUUACCCAAGAUGCUUAUGGAUAUACUGCUAAAAACUUCAUCAAAGAGGGCUUCUUGGAGUUCCUUAACAAGGAGAUCGAGUCCAUUCAAUACAACGAGAAGGAUUAUGAAGGGCUGCCCUUUGAAUUCCAUGGUGGCUUCGUUGGAUAUCUGGGGUAUGGUCUUAAAGUGGAGUGUGAUGCAUCAUCCAACAAUGCCAAAUCAAGUACUCCUGAUGCAUGCUUCGUCUUUGCUGAUAACACUGUGGUGGUUGAUCACAGUAAUGGUGAUGUGUAUAUUUUGUCACUGCAUGAUGAAUUUUAUUCUAGUAAUGGAGAUGGGAUAUGCAAAAAUUCAACACAUACUUCAUGGUUAGUUGAGACUGAGAAGAAGCUUCUCAGGUUGGGUGGUAUGCCCCCAGGAUCACCAAUUAAUGGGAAGGCAUAUGCUAGAUCAUCCAGUGUGCAUAAGCAGAGUUUUGUUGUCGAGAAAUCAAAGGAUCAGUAUAUUAGAGAGGUUCAGAGUUGCUUGGACUAUAUCAGGGAUGGAGAAAGCUAUGAGUUGUGCUUAACUACUCAGAUGAAGAGAAGAGUAGACUAUAUAAAUGCGCUCCAACUCUACCUUAAACUGAGAAAACAAAAUCCAGCGCCUUAUGCAGCCUGGCUUAACUUCUCCUCAGAAAACUUGAGCAUAUGUUGCUCUUCUCCAGAAAGGUUUCUACGACUAGACCGAGGCGGAGUUCUAGAAGCAAAACCAAUCAAAGGUACUAUAGCACGUGGCAGAACACCAGAGGAAGAUGAAUGCUUACGUUUGCAGUUGAAAUACAGUGAAAAGGAUCAGGCUGAGAACUUGAUGAUUGUUGAUCUCCUAAGAAAUGAUCUUGGAAAGGUUUGUGAACCAGGGAGUGUGCAUGUCCCUUGUCUCAUGGAUGUAGAAUCAUAUAAAACUGUCCACACCAUGGUGAGUACCGUCCGUGGAACAAAGAAGUCAAAUCUAAGCCCUGUUGAUUGUGUGAAAGCAGCCUUUCCAGGUGGUUCAAUGACUGGGGCCCCGAAAGUUAGAUCAAUGGAGAUCCUUGAUUCACUUGAAACUAGUCCAAGAGGUGUGUACUCAGGAUCCAUUGGGUUCUUUUCGUAUAACCACACAUUCGAUCUGAACAUUGUGAUUCGAACGGUUGUCCUGCAUGAUGGAGAAGCCUCGGUAGGGGCAGGUGGGGCGAUCGUAGCACUGUCAAACCCAGAAGCAGAAUACAACGAAAUGUUGCUUAAAGCAAAAGCACCAACAAAGGUGGUUGAGGAUUUCAUUCAAACAGUUUACAGCUCAGAUCGAUCAGAUUCGAUGCAGACAACCUUAAGCUAGAUCAGAUAGGCAAAGGCUCAUUGUUUAUUGAAACACAGAAGGCAUUACAAUGGACUUCAGCAAACAACCAUGUAUAUGAGAUUUGAUCUGAGUGAUUGGUGCAUGCUAAUGAACAUUGGCAGUGGGGUGAGGGCAUAUCUUGGCAAACACAUGAACAUUCAAAAUUCCAAUCCCUUUGCCAAAAGGAAAUAAAAGAGAUGUGAAGAGGAUGUUGAAGUCAGUCGGAUUCAUGGUGUUGGCAUAUACAGUUUGGUGACAUGGUGUCAUCUAUACACUAAUGAAGCUACAAAAGGAAACCAUACCAGCUUACGUAUACAGCAGUCUGUGUGUGGCAUAAGUUACCCCUGAAGAAUGCACACAUGUUUUUUUUUUCCAUGAUGCAUUUCCCCUUUCCCGGGAGUUGCAUUCUGUAACUAAAUCUACGAAAACAACAGUUUGUGUGUGGCAGAAGUGAAAGAAAUUGAUACAGUUGUGUUGUACGGUUGUACCAAUUAUUCCUGAAAUAUUCUUUGACGUUAUAAGUGUAUCCUUGUUGAGGGCGAAUUUCACGUUUCA